CCCAAACUUUUCCUAGCUCCAAAUUUUUAUUUUUUUUUUUUCCAUUCUUACCCCUGUAACCAAUGCGAAGACACCAAAUGUCAAAACCUCAUUGGUCAUGUAUACUCUAGACCAAUCGGACCGGAACCAACUCGCUCAAUCUAGAGGGUUUCACUGAGAAGAUGGCGAGCUCUGCUCUCAUUUUCCUCCUCUGUUCCUUUUUACUUUCUGCAACUAUCAAACCUUCUGGCGGUUCAAUCGCUGAAUUGCCCUUGGUGAGGAACAUUAGUGAGCUUCCACAGGAUAACCAUGGAAGACAAGGUUUGUCUCACAUUACAGUUGCAGGAUCAGUCUUGCAUGGGAUGAAUGAGGUUGAAGUAUGGCUUCAAACAUUUUCACCAGGUUCACACACACCAAUCCACAGGCACUCCUGUGAAGAAAUUUUCGUUGUCCUGAAGGGGGGUGGCACUCUCUAUCUUGCCUCUAAUUCACAUAAGUUCCCGGGGAAGCCACAGGAGUAUCCUAUCUAUACAAAUAGCACAUUUCAUAUCCCUCUUAACGAUGCUCACCAGGUUUGGAAUACUAAUGAACAUGAAGAUUUGCAAACGCUGGUCAUUAUAUCACGACCGCCAGUCAAAGUGUUUAUGUACAAGGACUGGUUCAUGCCCCACGCCGCAGCGAAACUGAAGUUCCCCUAUUAUUGGGACGAGCAAUGGCUUGAAACACCACCAAAGGAUGAGCUAUAAUAUUUGUUGAUAUAUCAGUGACUCAUGCAGACACAAUGUUGUUCAAAGAAAAAGAAAAGAAAAGCAGAGCAGGAGAGAUGCAUUUUGAGAUAUUAGGUCUUAAGAUAAGAAACUAAAACUACAGUAGCUUGCACCCUUUUCUUUUUUUUCCUCUCCUUGUGAAACCCAUUUAAACUUACUCUGCUGUAACAUGGCAAAAUUGGUCAUUUUCUAAUCCAGGACAAUUGCAAUAUUGUCACUAUUCUACAAACAAUGGAAUGAUAUGCUUCCAAAUGUAACUAUAGCAAUCUUCCUGGCUUGUUAUAUAUUCUCUCUUUUUUAAGAAAA